AUGUGAGUAACCUUUUGCAGAAACAGUGCUAUACUGUAUCUGAAAAAGUAUCACUCUUGAGCUUGGCUGCUGCUACUUUUCACAAAAGCUUUUAGGUAUCUAUUUGUUUGAUACGGGGAAGAGGAAUUAGGGGACUUCAGGUUUUAUUCACGUUCGAAUAUAUCACAUCAGAUAUCCAGAAAACAAGUUUCCUCAGAUCUUGUCUCAAUGGUACCAGACAUUGUAAAAUUACAUUAUGAAAGUAUUUUUAUUUUGCGGUAUGUCAUCAUGCCAGGGUUAAAAGUACAGAUCUUCCAAGUCACAAGUUUACAAAUUAUACAGGAUUUUAGGAACGAUUCUAUAUAAAAGAAAAUUACAUGCCAGGUUGCCUCCAGAGUCCAUCCGCGUUUAUGUUUCUGAUUUGAUUUUCUAUUUCUUGUGUAUUUCUGUAGACAGGCACAGUACUGGAAAGGGAACAUUCCCAAGUGCUACUUGAAGAACUGUUGAUGCUAUGCUCUUUUCUCCCAAGUCAGUUCCAACCCAAGACUCCCAACAAAUAGGGCUCCAAAUCAGUGAACUAGCUGUAAUGUACAUACCAGCAACCUCCAUUUUUUACCUAAUGCUUAAAGAUCACAUGGCACAGCUUUCCGUGAUAAAUUUUGAUAAUAAUGAAGGUUGGAAAAUUUUCCAACUGUACGAUUACAUUGGAUCUAUCAACAUUUUCUCUUAAGUUUUCAUUUUAUGUUAUAUAUUAUUUUCAGUUACUGUGUAUGGCUAGUGCACCCUGUCCUGAUGGGACAGCAACAGCUAUUCUUCUCGUUAUUGUUUGUUCAGAUGGGAUAUUUUGAAUUUAUAAAGUUUAUUUAGGCAUCUUCAAAGAGAAAAACAUGUCUUUUUGUUGUGGGUGUCAAUCUCAUAACAGAAUGACAUUGACUAACUUUUAUAAUUCUUAUGGCUACCUUUUACACCUCCAAACUUUUAAUGGAGUGCAAAAAAACUAUUAACAUUUAUAGCAAAUUUAUUAUGUGCUAGACAUAAUUUUCAUCCUACACCUCAGGAAAUUGAGAUGGAGAGAAGUUAACUUGUCCACGGUCACAAAGCUUAUGACUUACAGAACCACAGAUCAUAUACAGGUCAGGCUGAUUUGAGGGAUUAUUGAUGAUUUCACCCAAUGUUAUUGGAUGAGUUUAUUAAAAGACUUCAAAUAAAAUAUACAUAUUCAACUGAUUAAUGUUUAAAAACUGUUCAAACAUCUGAAAAUGUAAACAAAUUAUAUUUUUAUAAAAGGCACAAAACAGUUAUUCUAUAAAGGAAAAAAAGUGAUGGUUUUACUUAGAUCACUACCUAAGGAAGCUCUUCUAGAUUAUAUAUUAUCCAUUUAGAACCUAAUUUACAAAAUGCCUAAAAAUAAUCUGUCUAGGCCAAUAUGGUCUCUGGUAUCAAUGUAACCUCCUUGGGGAAAAUCUGUUUUAGUGGAUAACAUAGCUAUAAAUAUAUCUAAACAUUUUAAAUACUUUUUUAUUUGCAGAUGGUUAUAUUGCUUGAAUUGAAUUGCAAAGGUUUAUAUUUUCUGUAUUGUUUUGUACCUUGUACCUAAGUUUAUCUUGAAGUUUUAACCAUUUUUAGUUCAAGGACUCCUAAAUUUUGUGAACAAGGAUCAAUGCAAAACCCCAAAAAUCAUUAGUCAAAUAAAUUUGGGAAAUAUUAAACAGCAUAGUUUUUUUUACUACAUAACUUGCUGGAGCUUUUGCUGUGGUAGUAUCACUCUCCAAUAUUCCCAAAAUUAUUUGACUAAGGAAAAUGUUGAGAACAAGUGUUCCAAGAAUCAUGUUUAAGGAAAUGGUGUUCCAUUCAUACAGCUUGUCAUUUUUAUAGGCUUUGAUCUGAUUCCUCUUGCUCAGCCUUUGCAUUUCUCUACUGAGAAUGUUGUUCAUUCCUGGUUAUGGUGGCUUCUCUGUCCCUUGAUCACUGCUGUUGUCAUUCUCUGAGUCACCAUGCUUUCUGAUUGGUAGCAAGCCCAAGUUCAGGGUAAUGUUCUGAGGUUUGUUUCCAGGCUUAUCUUGCCCAGUGCCCAGCAUGUUAACCUCUGGGUCAAAGCAACACAGCACAUUGCCUUUCUUCUGAGAAUAUUUUGAGUAACUCAUAAGAACCCUUUGUAGUGAUUCAUAGUAACUCAAAACAUCAUCUCCAAUUUGUUUACCCUCUCUGCCACUGUAAUUAUUUUACUUUAUGUAGUAUAUCCAAUAUAAAUUUGUUUUCAUUCAAAAGAAAUUUAAACAUUAAUGUGUUGUUGUGAUAGGAUCUAUGAAGUUGAUAUGGUCCUGAAACCCUUAACACUUGGCUUCUAGUUUAAAAAAUAUUGGCAACAAUUAUGUUUUUUUUUUGUGUGUGUGUGUGUGCUCAAAAUCAAGGUUUUAACUUUUUAUUUUGAAAAUAGCAUAUACUGGAUAUUGUUUGUGACUUUUCUUUCCAAAGCUCUGGGAAAGAGAAGCAGAAUGAUUGUUAUCUGCUAUAUGGAAAAAAUGGCUUUAAAAUAUAGAGACUUAUGUAUUUUAGACAAGUUGGAAGGAAGAUGAAAAGUAUGAAGCUUGAAAUGAACAUGGUAUUUGGGGGAAAGUUUAUUUUGAAUACAGUGGUAGUGGUGGUGCUUGCUGGAAUAGGUGACAGAUAGGAUAUAAGAAUUGAAGAAGAAGAAGGAAGAAGAAAUCCAAUAUAAUUCAUAAGUUUUGAGUGUACAGGAUCAGGAGAGCUAUUGUCAGGAUUUGGUUAAGGUGAAAGAAUUUCAUCUUUAAUGAGGAAGCACAUUCAUGUGAAAACAGUAGCAUAUGCCAGGCUCAGAAUCAGAUCUACUCAGGGUAUGGUGAGUGAAACAACUGUGAUGCUCUUAAAACCAUUCCUUACCUGUAUAAAAGUAUUUUUCUAUUUUCCUUUUUAGGAAAGAAAAACUUAACAUUAUUAAGGAAAAAAAUAGACUCAGAUUGUUAUCCUUGUAAAAGAGGGCUUGGUUUAAUUUGAUUCAUUCUUAUUUCUGACUUUUUCCUGUUCUGUAUCAUAUGAGUUCUGACAUCUGGUUUGCUCUGGACAAUCUCACUCUGAAGGCUCUAACAACCUCCCAAGCUAUGCUACAUUUUCUUUCCCACCUAAUGGCCACCUAAUGUGAAUAGGAGGUCUUUGUUUAGUGGAACAGAUUCCCCAUUGCCCUAUCUUCUCUGAAAAAGGUAGACCUUUACCUUUGAAACUAUGCCACAAUGCUGAGUUAGGACAAAAAGAUUCAUUCGUGCAAAAUGCAUUUCAAAUUAUUGUAAAUUCCUAAAAUGAGAUCCCAGCCUGGGCAGAGGAUUGUUAUGGAAAGAGCUUGUCCUCCACCCAAAUAUUUUGGGAAUUGUGCUUCCUUUAGAUCUCUCAAAGGGUAGAGGGGCUUUUCUGGCUUGGGAGAUAAAAAUUUAAACCUAUGCCUCAAUGGGAAAAAAAAUGGACUCUUGUAACAUCUUGCAGCAUUAUUAAGAUGAAACAAAGAUCUAGAUGGAUAACUAUGAUUUGUUCUCACUCAGCUCUACAUCACCAUGAUCCCUAAAGUCUCUUGCAGCUCAGAAACUCCAUGAAGCUACCCUAAAUAUUUUUUCAAACAUAGAAAUCAUCUUCUAGAAAUGCCCAGCUGCUAUAGGUAACCUUUUCUAGUGAUCUGAUAAAUAGGUCCUUUGUCCUUAAAUUUUAAAUUCCAGUUUAGAAAUCCAUGCAUGUGGUUCAGAAUCUUACAUUUAUUAAAAUGGAAACUGCUUGGAAGUGGCUUUUACCUAAGGAAUAUGGCAUGCAUAUGUCCAUGUUACUGACUUCCUGCCAAAAUACUGCGUUGUUAGGCACUCUCCUGUGCAUUCUCUAUUGCUUACAUUUUGUCAGACAUUUCUUUGUGAAUGCAAAGAAUACGAGACCAGUACCUAGCCUCCUGUACUGCUUAUCCUAGGUUUCCACAAAACUCACUUCGAAUUCUUGAGUACUUUGCAGUCAACAGUUAGCAUUACCUGAGGCUUUGCCUGAAUCUUUCCUCAGUGUCACUUUUAGUCUUGCAUAAAGUUUCAGAUGUCCUUGGUUCUAUUUAGGCUGUGCAAAUAGACAUCUAUGGGGUUUGGUUCUGAUUGAUGGUUCCUAGUCACAGGGUACCUUACUCACUGGUGAGUUAUUCAAACCUCAAAAGUCACACCUGUGUCCUGUGCACGGGUGCUACAGGCUUAGGUGGAGAAAAGCAGGGCUAGAAUUGGAACCCAAAGCCCAGAAUGGCAGGAGAGGAUGUGGGGGCUCCACCCGAUCACCUCUGGGUUCACCAAGAGGGUAUCUACCGCGACGAAUACCAGCGCACAUGGGUGGCCGUUGUGGAAGAGGAGACAAGUUUCCUAAGGGCACGAGUCCAGCAAAUUCAGGUUCCCUUAGGUAAUGCAACUAGGCCAAGUCAUCUUCUAACCUCCCAGCUACCUCUCAUGUGGCAACUCUACCCUGAGGAGCGCUACAUGGAUAACAACUCUCGCUUGUGGCAGAUACAGCAUCAUUUAAUGGUCAGGGGAGUACAGGAGCUGUUGCUUAAGCUUUUGCCUGAUGAUUAAUCCGGUGCUGGGAUUCUAGGAAGAUAUGCUCCUCUGUUCUGUUCAGUAUAUGGCAAUCACUUCAUCCACCACUGCAGUGCACCCACCCUUGGGCCCAGGGGGGAGGGCAUGGGUUGAAAAACUCAUCAAGAACACAGAAGUUUAGGAAGGGUUAUGAAGAAUACUGCAAGUGACACUGCAGAGAGAGGGUUAUGCAGGCACAAAGUGAGUCAACAAAAGCAUUUAGUAAGGAUACAUAACUUGAAAUUGACUCCUUUGGAAAUUGCCAUAGAACCUUUAAUGGACAUCAUCGGCUGGAACUGGGAUCUGAUGAAUCCCACAAAAAUCAGCACGUGCUACAGAACAGAUGCCCUGAUCACCAAGGACUUGGUACUGAUUUAGAGAGAAGAGAGCAGCUCCUAGCAGCAUCAACAUCUAUUUGUCGCUUAUUUGCCCUGCAGCACAUUCACCUGCCUUUCCUUCUCCCAUCCUGUAAAUAUCCUAGGUUUUGCUCUGGUGUUUCCCAUCCCAGUACUGACCUAAUUUGUAUCUAUUGAGAACUUAGGGGAUUCUGAAAAAAAAAUAUUUGCAUUGAUGAAAUUAGCUACAAAGGCUUUUAGGCCUUUAUUCUUUCUGAAAUUGUGUCUUCCAAUUAUUAGAAGUUGCACAUCAAAAUUGUAGGCACUAAAAUUCCUUCUUUGGUUACAUAUUUUAAAUAAGCUGAUUUCCAUAAGAGCUCCACAAACUCAUUGUAGCUGCUUAAGCAAUAAGCACCUUUCUCAGGACAUAGUAGACAAACAUUGCUGAUUUCUAGGAAAGGACUUACCACCUAUAAAGAAUUUCUUGAGUCAAAGUAGUUAUAACAGUUUAUAUACAUUAAAAUAUGUUUUUUUAAAGCAUUGGGCUGGGUGCAGUGGCAUGCGCCUAUAAUCAUAGCUCCUGGGCAGGUUGAGGGCAGGUUGAAUUCAGGAGUUCCAGACCAACCUCAGCAAUAUAGCAAGGCCCUGUCUCAAAAAAAAAAAAAAAAAAAAAAGCGU